AUGGUCACCUGCAAGGUGGACUCCCAAACCGCGGUGGCUGUUCCCAAAAUGAAUCCGGUCCGGACCCGUGGAAAGCCCGCCGGCAGCAACAGCAAUAGCAACUCUUCCGGCUUUCGGCUCCUGGACGGCGACCAGCUCGAAAACAAUUCGAGUGUCAGCCGCAACUCGAUCUACAAACUGAAGAUCGAUCUCAUGUUCGACGAUUCCAGAUCCAUGCGAAGCAGCCGCCUCGACGAUCCCCGGGGAUCGCAUCGCACUCGCUCCAUCAUCAUGUAUGGGCGCAGUGAGUUGGCCAGCACAUCGGGGGACACGCCCCGCUCCCUCAGCAGCUUCCUGCAGGAGAACGGGCAGUCGGCCAAGGUGCUGGCCGAGGCGGCCAAGAAGGACGUGCAGCGGAUCAGCAACAGCGUGCAGGCCCAGAUCGAGCAGAUGUUCACGGACGUGGCCAAGGACGCGACCAGCAGCUUCGAGGUCACCUGCCUGGGCUCGCUGCCGCUGAAGGACAAGGUGACCAGUCUGCAGGGUCUGCAGGAGCCACUGCGGCAGCUGUAUCUCAGUGAGGUCAACAAUAAGCACAAGCUCAACUCCGGAUCGCUGGAUAUCUGUGCCACAGGUCUGAGGGUGAAGGUCAGCGCACUGGCCAUCUCAAGUGGUGCGGGUGCUCCGGAGGAGAGCGAGGCCCUCAUCACUCCCUUUCACAACAUUGCCGUUUGGUCGGCGGUGAAGUUCGUCAUAUCGGAUGAUGAUGGUGGCGCCGCCUUUUUGCCCCUGAUCACCGAUCCCGAGAACAUUGACAAGACUGCCCUGUUCCAGCCACUGAGCUCCAGCGAGAAGCUGGCGGUGGAGCACAGCAUCCAUGUGCACGCGCCCAUCUUCGCGGUGGUCAUGCGCUCGGCCAGUUCGCCCAAGGUGCUCGAGUGCCAUGGAUUCAUCUGCAAGAGCACCGAGGACGCCAUCGUGAUUGCGGCCACUCUGUACCAGAGCCUGAUGGCCCACGUCAGCACCAGUUCGAGGCGGAACACCCAGCGGAGGACUCCGCGCCAGCAGAACGGGGUCAGCUGCAUUAGCAUCGCCAGUAGUUCAGCCUUGGCCAGCUCGAACUAUCUGUCCCGCUCCCAGAUCAUUCCCAGUGCGAGUGGGCGGCGCAGCUCCUUUCGCGGAAGCACCGGAGGGGGUGGUGGUGCUCCAUCCCGAUCUGGACGGAAGAAGAGGGUCUCCAAUAGCUCCUUGAGCUCGCAUAGUAAUGUGAUCAACGAGACUGCCGAGCUGGAAACCUCGACGGAAGAACGCAGGCGCAAGUCGCACAAGUCGAAGCGGGCUCCUCCGGUUCCCAGUACGGUUCCUGGUUCCGGAGCUCACCGCAACGGCGGCGGAGGAGGAGGACCGUCCCGGAGUGGCAGCAUAGUGUGCGGCAAUGGUCACGUGAACCGGCUGCACCAGAACGCUCAUCCUGGCAAGAAGUCAUCGGAACUACCUUCGGGAUGUGGCGAUGUGGCUCCCGCCAACGGAGACAUCCUCACACGGGUAGCCAUUCCCAGAUCCGGCAGCUUUCUCAACACCGGAGGAUUGACCCGAUAUAAAUCCCGGGCAGCGAGACGCCAUUCCGGCAAACUGGGAGGAGGAGGCGGCGGCGGAGGAGGGUUUGGCCUGGUUGAUUGGCAUCGCUUGAAUUGUGCUUCUAGUUCCCCACUUGGUUUCAGCGAACUGUUUAACGAAUUUCGCCUGCACGAGAACCUCCACUCGCUGGACGACAUCCUGUACGCCAUCAUCGAUGCCGACGGCAUGUCCUUCAACGACCUGAAGCCCAUCUACAAGGAGUUCCUGCUCAAGCUGGCCGUCACGCUCACCCAGGACGAGCUCUUCCAGCGCUCCAAGAACAUCAUGCGACGCCAAAAGAAGAAGAAACAGAAGCGCAAGGCCAGUGUGAAUGGAUCGCAGAAGAAGACAAAGAGCAGCUUUUUCGGCACCAAGAGUCUGAAGAAGGUCUUCCAGCUGGGCCAGUUCCGCUCGUGCCGCGGCAAGUUGACCAAGCCGGCGGUGAAGGAGUCCACCAUGGAUAGCCAGCGGAAGCGUCAGAUCAGUCCGCCCAUCAUCAUAGGACCGCCCAUCAGCCACAGCCACGCCCAGCAGCAGCACCAGCGGAAUAGGGCGGCCACCAGCGGCUCCGAUGUCUCCGUGGUGCGGAACGAGCACACCCAGGGACUCAACCGAAACAGCAGCAGUGGAUACGUCUCCUGCUCGGAGUGCAGCUACGACUCCGAGUCCUGUGCCUGUGCCUCCGCCGAUCGCUGCUACUGCAGCCUGCGCACGGAGCACCUGAACCACAAGCUGCGUCAGAAGAACGAGCGCAACAUGGCCCUGGCCACGCCCACUCGGAAGCCCGCCAACGGAGGUGUCCUGCCCCAAAACGUGGCAGGCACCACCGGCACCAACCGGCACUCGCUGAUCUCUUGCCGCUCCGACGACAAGUGCUACUGCUCCAUGGUGGAGGAGGAGCCGCCGAGCUCGAUAGAGCGGGAUUCGGCCAACAACACGCACACGGAGACCACGACGUCUUGCGACUCGGACAGCUGUGUGAGCGCCAGCAAGUGCUACUGCAAGCGGACCCAUCGCCGUCAGCGAUCCUCGGCAGCGGCGGCCAUCAGCGAGGACUCACUGUCGCAGCAGCAGCGCAAAUCCCGGCCAGGAAACGCGGUAGCUGGAGCGGCACGCAAGGGCAAGCCCUCGGAGAAGCUGGGCCUGGACUACGAGCUCUUCAGCAUCAGCGGAAGUGGACAGCCGGUGCAGCCCCACGAGGCACUCAGCGUGAAGAAGAGCGUGGAGGCGGCGGCGGUGUUCGCGGACAUGAAGCUCAGCCAGACGACGGACAUCAAGAGCCUGUGCCCGCCGAAGGGACCGGGAUCACGGGUGGGCAAUGGCAGCUGCCGAUCGCACGCCUCCUCCAGGAGGUCCUCGUACCGCACCCGCGAGUCCUUCAGCACGGAUCGCUUAAGCGGAGGACUGCCGCUUCCCAUGCCCCUGGGCAAGGGUAUGGGAUUGGGCGGAGCGGGCGGCGGGAGCGCCGACAACCUGCUGGCCAACCUCAAGGCCAUGGAGGCCAGGGCCGCCUCCAUUCGCAGCAGCGCCAGCAGGAGCCGCAUGGGCAGCUAUCAGUCGAUGCGGGCGGUUAGCGCCUCCCUGGAGGACUCGCUGGGGUACUUGCCAUAG